AUGACCGUCCGCUCGCAGAUCGCUACCGAGCCCUCACCGGCCGCCGCUGCCACCUCCAGUGCCGUUUCGGUUCAAUCGACCCCAGAGCCUUCCCGUGGUUCUCAGGAGGAACAGGAUCUGGAUCAUCAAGGGCAAGGGAAGGAUGACAAACAUGACGAUCGCGAUCGAGAUACACCCAAGUUUCCACAUCCCAAGCUUCGUCUCGAAAUCCGCGAUCUCGACCAUCCCGGCGCCGUCAAGUUCCUCGGUGCCGUCAACGCGAGCACGCUCCUCUCCGAUGCUGUCAAGAACGUCCAGCGGCUCUUGUACAGGUCGCCAGCAGACAAGCACACGACAUGUCCGCCGACUCGGUCCGUAACCGUUAUCUUGCGAGACAUGGGCGGCGUGGCUUAUACGACUGGGACCGACCUCGACCCGGACCACAAAGAAAUCCACUUUUCUCUCUCCUACAUCGCCGCCCGCAUCCCCUCCACGCCACCCUCUCGCCUGCCUGCCGAAAUCACCGGCGUCCUCACGCACGAGCUCGUCCACUGCUACCAAUGGGACGCUCACGGCAGCGCGCCGGGAGGACUGAUCGAGGGUAUCGCGGACUGGGUCCGGCUCAACUGCGACCUGAGCCCGCCUCACUGGAAGCAGGGGGACGUGAAGAUCGAUGAUCCGUGGGAUAAAGGGUACCAGCACACGGCGUACUUUUUGCAGUACCUUGAGGGCCGCUUUGGGGAGGGGACGGUAAGGCGCCUUAAUGAGGCGUUGAGGAGCACGAGGGAGUAUGAAGCUAGAGAGUUUUGGGUAAGUGUUCUCGGGGAAGAGGUGGAGGAGUUGUGGGGGGAGUAUUGUGGGAGUGUAAAUGAUGAUGAUGCGAAGGGGAGUACCUGACAGGCGAGUGCGAGAGAGCAGGGACAGAGCGAUGUAUCUACAAGCUAGCGAUGCAUCCGGCGAUUACCCCAUAGCCAUUUCAACCACGAGUGUUUUGAUUG